UGUGAGGGUUGGAAAGUGGGUGGAGGCUGAUUUCAGGCUUCUGUUGUGUGUUCAUGAGUGUGUUAUUUAUGUGAGAGUCAUUAAAUCCCUCUGUGUCGGAGUGUGUCUGUGUCUUGCGUGCUGACAAUGAUCGCACACUUAGAGUUCUGCAUCUCUGCCCAGUGAGAGGAGAAACUGCAAGGUAGCCAAGCCACCUUGCGCAGUACGAUGGGGGGACAGCUAACCAGAAGCACACUAUACGACCCCAUAGGUGGACCAUUUCCUGCUUCAUCUCACCGAUGCCACCACAAGCAAAAGCAUUGUCUGCCCAUCCCACAGUGUGGAACUCUCUCUGUCAGCCCACUGCUUUUCCACCCCCAUACCAAGGGGUCACAGAUCAUCAUGGACACCACACAGAAGGCAGUCAAGCGUCAGGCUAGCUUCUGUAAUGCCAUCACCUUUAGCAACAGGGCAGUUGUUAUCUAUGAGCAAGUCAGGCUCAAGAUCACAAAGAAGCAGUGCUGUUGGAGUGGGGCUCUUCGGCUCGGAUUUACCUCUAAGGACCCCUCUAGGAUUAACCCAGAAACCCUGCCCAAGUAUGCAUGUCCAGACCUCGUUUCUCAGAGUGGAUUCUGGGCCAAGGCCCUCCCGGAAGAAUUUGCAAAUGAGGGAAACAUCAUCGCGUUCUGGGUGGACAAAAAGGGACGUGUGUUUUACCGGGUUAAUAACUCUGCUGCCAUGUUGUUCUUCAGUGGAGUGAGGACCACUGAGCCAUUGUGGGCUUUGAUUGACGUCUAUGGACUCACACGUGGAGUGCAGCUGCUAGACAGUGAAAUUAUUCCUCCAGAUUGUCUCCGUCCAAGAUCCUUCACGGCUAUCCGGCGGCCUUCACUACGCAGGGAGACCGAGGACACCCGUCUGUCCGUGAGCCUUUGCGACCUCAACCUCCAGGAGGAGAACUUCCAUGUCAUGGCUGCCAUGUGUCCCAUUCCACAGAAUUCCCUCAACUCUCAACAUUCCCACCUGCUCCCAUCCCAGCUUGAAAGUGACCUCCGUUUCCAUCAGCUCAGGGGAGCCCAUAUUAAAAUCCUGGAUGACCAGACAGUGGCUCGCCUGGAGCAUGCUCGAGAAGAGAGAACUUUGGUUUUCACCAGCAGGCCCCUUAGAAUCAACGAGACCAUAUUUGUCAAGAUUAAUAAAUCCAACACUUCACGUACUGGGACACUCUCUUAUGGGGUGACCACUUGUGACCCUAGCACCCUGAGGCCCAGCGACCUUCCUUAUAAUCCAGAGUCUUUGGUUGACCGGAAAGAGUUCUGGGCAGUUUGUAGGGUGCUGGUGCCUCUCCAGAGUGGAGACAUUUUGGGAUUCAUGGUGAAUUCAGAAGGCGAACUGCACUUGAGCCACAAUGGAGCAAACGCCGGCAUGCAGGUGUGCGUGGACUGUUCCCAGCCACUGUGGAUGUUCUUUGGUUUACAUGGAGCAGUCAUGCAAAUCCGUGUCCUGGGUUCUACUCUUCUGGCUGAGCGACUGGGCCCCUCUGCACCAAGCUCACCCACCUCAUCUCCAAACUCUCCCUCCAUCCUCUGCAGUGGCAUUUCUGAUCCCAUUCUGAGUACAUGUGGAUCUGGCCCACUUGGCAGCUCAGUCAGUGGCACAGCUCCAAACUCUCCCAUCAGCAUGCCAGAGUCCCCCCUUUCCCCCUCCAUCUCAGGGUCCUGGAAUGACGAGUGCACCAUCUGCUAUGAGAACAUGGUGGAUACCGUGAUUUACUCCUGUGGACAUAUGUGUCUGUGCUACACCUGCGGGCUGAAACUCAAGAAGAUGGCCAAUGCCUGUUGUCCUAUCUGCAGACGUGCCAUCAAGGACAUCAUCAAGACCUAUCGCAGCACCUAGAGCAGCGUGGCAGGAAAAGGGUAGGGGCAGCAGGGGAUAUGCUCUCUUAAGACAACUCAACAGAACAGGGUGGGAAGGGGCUGUCCAGCUUGCCAAAUUUCCCAUCCUUCCCUGUGCAGCUAACUCUGAAUGUUGCUACAUGUGGGCAAAUCCCAGAAAUUUGAGGUCUAAACAUUUCCUUCCUUCCUUGGCAUCUAGCAGAGAGCUACUGACAACAAUCUGAUGUGCACCCGUCAAGAAAGGUUGAAUUGCAUUCCUCCUCUUUCCCUAGCUCUGGCUCCACUCACCCACCUUCCUGCAAGGAUCAAAUGAUGCAGAAUAAUCAGAUUUUCUUGGGUAUGUUAGCAGUUUCAUUAUGUGAAUGAAUUCAGCAUUUUGGACAUUUAAGUGGAAUAGAAAAAGAACAAACCAUGUGAGCACGGAAACCACUUGCCAGAGCAAGAGGGAUGGCCUCCCCCCAUAGAAAUAUCUCUUGCAAGUGUCUAUUCCGAUGGGGAGGAACUGCCUCUGCUAGCUUUCCUAGUGGCCACAAAUGCACAUCAGUGGCAGCUGGAUCCCAAGGGAAUGUGGCAUAUGCUGGUGCUAAGGAAGGUGAUCUUUGGGUGCUUCUUAUUGUACUGUGCUGCACACAGGAGUCUCCCUGUUAACUGACAGCCUUCAAGUUCUACUUUCUAUAAAUGCUCUCUUCCUUUCCACUCCAGUCUGUUCACCCCACCCUUGGAAGCAGCUGCUGAUAGUGCUACAGCAUGACACUGCAUCCUUUAUGAGCAUUCCCCCCCCCCCCUGCUGCUUUCCCAAACCCACUGGUUUCCUUCUUGUUAAAGCAUUGCACCAGGAGGCUUUUUCAAUGGGGUGCCUUCACACCUGUUUUCUGCAAAUGAUGGAGUGCAUUUUAGAAGCCAUAAGGAAGAAGGCACACAAAGGCCUUUUUAUCAGGACACUGAACAUCGGUCUCUGCUUUUAAGGAAAGUAAAAGCAUCGGUGAUUUAAUAACCUUUGGCCAAGCUGAAUGUGAGACACAGAGCUGCAUCUAUUUUGUUAUCAUGAAAAAAGAGAGACCUGAAGCAGUUUGUCUUAGUUUUUAAAAAAUGUUUAUUUGGUUUUAUGAAGGAUUUUUAAAGUAUUCUUCCCAACAUGUGAAGGACAAUUGUUUUGGCCUUUCUUGCUCCCAGCACUGUGAAUCUACCUGGCUUGACUGAAUUCUCGGCGUUUCCCUCCAUGCCUUGCUGCAGCUGAUUGUGCUGUGAUGGACAAUAACAAGGCCUCAUUCUUCAGCAGAUCCACUAUCUUCUGUGUUCCAUCUGACAAAUCCCACAUGCAUCCAAAACUGCAGCUUAUCGUCACUUGCCACCAAGUGAGCUAACUACUUCUGAAAUGCCACCCAAUACCCCAGCUGGGAGAAACCCACCAGGGCCGGCUCUAGGUAGAGUCCCGGUGGCGCGGGGCACUAGGGCGCCAGGCCGGUAGGCAGGGCGCUGCGCGGCGAAGCCGCAUGGAAGCCAUGCUGCAGCCUGCAAGGGCGACAGAGCGAUCUCCGCCCCUCACCGCCAGGGCGCGCGACCUGCUCGAGACUGCCCUGAAACCCACAGCCUAGUUCAUCAGCCUCAGCUCCCUAUGAACACCAGAGAGAGUUAGGUAAGGAAAGAGGUAGAUUAAGAAAGCAUUCUGAAAGGGACAGUGGAUUGCUGAUGCCUGAGACUCUUCAUUUCCCCCAAUGAAAAGCGUUUCACUUCACCAACUUAGUGGACAGUUUUGCCCUCAUCAGGCUAAAUGGACAGGCAAUUCCCAUGUUGUGUGUGUGCCGUUUUUCGCUGUGGGAUGCAGCCCCUGUGCAAAUGGAGUGAUGCCUGUAUAGCAUUGAGGCUGUAAUGCAAUGAUGGCCAACUCAUAUCGGGAAGGCAGAAAGCCCUUUAAUACAAUGUCCUUAAAAAGACACACAAGAGGAUUGGGGCACAACAUUUCUAAAAGACCCAGUUCCCUGCAACACCUAGCAGCCGCUGCCUGUAAGGAAAAAGUUAGGAGACUCUUGUUUGAAGUAUACCCAGCAUGGCAGUACUCCUGGACUGGACUGAAUCUUCUAGUACUUGCUGCCUGAGCACUUGGAGUGCUUCAUCCUGUGCUGGACCCAGCUAAUCCCACAGUUUACAAUAGGGAUGGGGAAAUUGUGGCUCUCUAGCUAUCAUUCAAUUUCCAUACAUCCCACUGAGCAUAGCCAAGGGAGAGAAAUGUUGGCAACUGUAGUACAGCAUCACCUGGAGAGGCACAAGUUCCCCCACCCUUGGUUUAUGGGGAUCAGCACAGUGGCUGCUGAACCACCUCAUUGACACCUGCCUCAUGCAGGUGUGGUCCAAAGAAUAUAGAUAACUGGUUUCUCCCCAUCCAGGCAUUCCUAGUCAGCUUGCCCCUAGAACUCAUGAUCUGUAAAGACAUUGUGAUGUGCAAUACUAUAAGCAAUGACACCUCUUGCCAUUUAGUGUCCAUGUUGCUGGAUGUGCAGAAAAGGCCUCAGUUAAAAUUGCCUCUGUUUGGGCAUAUAAUCACCUGCACAUGUGGUGUUCAAAAGAAAAGCCUGCCUGGUUUGGUCCUCCGUCCAUGCUGGCUUGCAUGAACUGGAUCCAACUGCUGGAAUGUUACUGAAAAUGCCACUUUGAAUAUUUGCACACAGCCAACUCCUCACUGGCUGGGAGCCAGGAAGCACUUUGCAGUUGGUUAUCAAUCUAAGUAGACCCUUAUCAAGGCAAUGGAUAUUGUACCAUAUGAUAGGUUACAGGCACUUCAGGAUAAAAAAAAAAUGCAGGUGGAUUGUAGCAAACCCUUGCAUAAAGGAAAACUGACUCACCUAAUCACAAACCAAAAAUAGAAGCUAUAGUUCCCAAGGGUUUGCUCACUCGCACUAGUCUUGGCCCACAUAAAUUAGCAUUUUUUUCCCUAAACCAAAAACCACUGUCUUGCUUUUUGUCUUGCCACCUCGAGGUGCUCAUCUGUGCUCUCUAACUGCACCCGAAUCCCUAAACAGCUUUCCAUCCCACUAGUAACUUGCAUCUGGCCCUCUGCAGUGUCAACCACUUGCAAAGCAUUUUUUUUAAUGAGCACAAAGCAUAGCCAUGACAUAAGAGAACCAGAUGUAGACGGGACAACCAUAUGAUUUAUCUCUGCCUUUGGCAAGUAGGACAUGAAAAGUUAAUUUAUGCCCCUCAAGACAGGAGCCCUUCCCUACUGUGGCACCAUAAGAUCAUUUGAACCAGGAUCUGGCAAUACUAUUCUCUCUCUGUGUGUGUUGUCUUCCAUUGAGUUCAUUGCAUCUGUUCCAGUAUAACUUGUGUGAAGAGAACAUCUGGUAUUACCUUUCAUGUCCUAUAGCAGAGAUGGGAACCUUUGGCUCUUCAGAAGUUGCUUAAUUUCCAUCAGCCACAGCCACCAUGACCAGUCUGGGUUAGGGAAGAUCAGAAUGACAGUUCAGCAACAUUUGGAGAUUCCCCACAGCUGCCCAAUGGCCAUAAGUAGAAAAGAAAAAAGAAAAUUACAAACUAAGCCUGUAGUCUUUUUGCACAAUCAUGGCUAGAAACAGACUGCAUUCAUUCUGCAAGGUUCCUAUCAAAUCCAGUCUCCUCUACAGCUACAGUAUAAAAAAAAGAGAUAACAUUUGUUUCAGCAGUUGGGGCAAUACAUAAUAUGCAGUAAGAUAGGGAAGGGAUAGGACUGGCAUUGUCUGGAGACUUCAUGCAAGACACAUUCACCUUGAUCUGGUUCUGAUUCUUUGUGAUCAAGGAGGUCCUCUUCCCUGAAUAGUUCCCUCCGUUAUCUGAAGGGAGGAAGUAGAUCUGCGUGUGCAUUUUCUUCUCAAUACUGCCUCUACUCCGCUGAUUGAGUCAGAGUGUAGGGACAGGAGCCACACAUGAGCAGAUAAGUGAAUAUAUAUAGCUUUGGAACACGGUAUUUGUGGCUAUACAUCUUGCUUUCACAUAGUAUCUAAAAUCAGAGGUGAAGCUUUGCAUUGUUGCAUCCACAAUAGCAAUGGAGAUAUCAAAAUAUGAAUCAAGGUAUUUUAUAUUAUUAUUAUUAUUAUUAUUAUUAUUAUUAUUAUUAUUAUUAUUAUUAUUAUUAUUAUGGCAUAUCGAUAGAUGAGAAGGGUGGGGUGAGAGGGAGAAAGCAAUUCUUUAAAAAUAGAGACAGUGGAGUAGGAUAGCCAAAGGCUUAAAGUACUGUAACAACACAAACAUCUCCUAGGCUCGGCAGAUUUUGCCAGUCAGUUUUCACAUUUCCCUAGAAUGUAUUUUAAUAUGAGAAGGUGCUCUGGGAAACUUCAGCCCAGGGCUUCAUAUUUUAGGACACUAUGCCAUAGAAACUAGCAACUUGUCUUCAAAUGAUGAAUUCAUAAUUAAAAUGCUGUAUAUAGUUGAUGCUGCUAUUGUGCAUGGGGAAAAUAUUGCCUCUAGAAAAGAUGUUUUCUAGAAAAUGCAUUUAAUAAUAUCCCUUUGGCAUCACUUCUGUGGGGAGCACACUCCUUAUUUUACAAACAAUUGUGGCUAGUAAAAAUUACAUUGCACACAUUUCUAAACACCUGGGGGGGGUGAGGAAUAGUUUUGUUUUUUGGUUCAUUGUCACUUUUAGUGUUUCUUUUGUUUAAUUUUCUAUUUGUUUCCCCAUUGCUUUCAGUAGAAGACCCAGGCAGUUUUCUGUGUUAACUUGGAUGUUUUCUAUCCAAUUUGUAUGCAAUCUACUACCUCCCCAGGGCAUUAGACCUACUGAAUGGGUUCCCAUUUUAUAGAUUCUUAGAAGCAUGCUGAGGCACAGGCUAGAUCAGGCAUCCCCAAACAGCCCUCCAGUUGUUUUGGCCUACAACUCCCAUGAUCCCAAGCUAACAGGACCAGUGGUCAGGGAAGAUGGGAAUUGUAGUCCAAAACAUCUGGAGGGCCACAGUUUAGGGGUGCCUGGGCUAGAUGCUCUGUGAACUGAACACAGCUUUCACUGGUCUCUCUCUUUCCCCCUUACUGUGACAUUUCUCUGAACUGUGCAUAGACUUCUUCAAUGCAAAAGCAAUGCCUCUAAAGCAAUGCAGCUGAAAACAAAGGAAGAACUUUAGUUUAAUUUUCAUUCAAAUUCCCAUUUACCAUAAAAACAGAUGAGUAAAUGAGGGUCGUUUAAUUUUUCAUUCAUGUUUCAAAUGACUGCACACACUUAUCUAGUAAAUUAAAUGUCAUUAAUUUCUGAAUAGAUGGGUCCUAAUCCAGAAAUGCACAUGUUCAACAGUGGACUUCAGUCACGUGCUGUUCAGGUGAGGAGCUAGAGUAAUCAAUUUUGUGUUCAAGUCCCGCUUUGGGCAAAAGAUUCCUGCACUGCAGGAGGUCGGACUAGAUGACCCUUGUGGUCCCUUCCAACUCUACAGUUCUAUGGUUGCCCAAAUAACCUGUUUGAAAUAUGAGGCCUGAAUUUAUUCAUUCCAUUUUUCCCUUUUGGGAAAGCAAAACUCUGAGCCUGCAGAUGUCAGUCACUGGUUGAGAGGAAGUUCACAUACAACUCUGAAUGUAAGGCUUUUAAAAGGUGAGCCAUACUUACAGUCACCUUUUGUGCUUCUGCUGGAAUGGGCUCUUGUCUGAAAUGCUGUAUUCCUUACUGAGUCAUUCCUAUGAAGUGUCAAAGUAGGGGUAAGGAACUUGUUCAGAUUGCAGUGCCUGCUGCUUUAUAUUCUCCACUUUUAAAAUUAAUCCUCCCCAUGUUAAUGAGUAGGAAUAUUUUGAAGUCGAUAAAAAAAUGCUUCCUUCAUCGCAGCCUAUUAAAACAAAUAAUGGAUCUAAUUUAUGUCCCCUAAUAAAGGGCUUGCCUUGACAAAGAAUGGUUGGUUGUUGUUGUUUUGCCUAAUCUGUUAUUGAUUGUGAUAAACCAAAGUAGCUAAAUUACAUGCGUUCCUAAGGUGUUGCUAAUUUGCAGGAGCUGUAUUCUGACACCAUAAUAAUUGGACUGUGGGUGGAAGGAAAUAUUUUUGUUUUGACUUGAAAAUAUUCCCCCUCAUUAGCUUUUUGGCAACCAGAGAAGUUGGUUCCACUCCAGUAAGGAAAACUGGACCGAAGUGUCUCAAAAGAGAACCCCACACUGUACAAGGGUCGAAAGAGGGUGGAUGUCCAUACUAAUGGGAUACAUAGUUGUCUGCAAAGUUUUAACUUAAAAACAAAAGCUUUUGGCAACAUGUGCUAAGAGCACAUAACUAAGGUCAACCAUACUCAUUGCCAGAGGCAAGCUGUUUCUUUUAUCCAAGUAAGCCAAGGGCCCAAUUCAAAUCCUUACACAACAGCUGAAGAGAAAAUCAAAUUAUGUUGCUGCCAGCUUUGACUUGCUCAGGGUUGUGUCCACGUGUACCUGAGCCAGCUCCUUCCACCUCAAGAGAUAUUCAGUACUCCCCCUCCCCUCCCCUAGCAGCAGCACCCUUUUGCACAUGCAAGUUCAAAGCUUGAAGGCCAAUCUGUGCACAAAAAUAUAUUUGGGCAUACAGAAAUCUGGCUGAAGAUGGAAUCAAGGGAAGGAAGAGUGUGAAAGGGAGAACAUUCUCCUUCCACUCAGUUAGUGUGGGGAUAUGUAUGUAUUUAUUGAGGACCAAAGAUGGAAGUGGCUUACAGAAGCUGAAAAAGAAGUGCAAGGCAGUUUAUGCAGAAGAACAUUUCAAUGGGAGCAUUAUCACAAUCGGUUUCAUUUUCCUCUGUAGUUUUGUGUCAGGAUCCAGAAUUCAUGUGAAACAAUGUCAUGGAAAUGAGAAUUUUAUCUUUUAAUUGCUUUAUUUAAAAACAAAUUUUGUGUUUUCUGUGUGUGUGUGAGAGAGAGAGAGAGAGAGUGUGUGUGUGUACACACACACACACACACAAAAUAUAAAAAAGACUAUUCCAUUCAGUGUGAGAAUUGGAUAACAGUGAUUGUGAAUAAAGUUGAUUUAGGUAUGCCAUGGAGGUGCUGGUGUGGGAUGCUUACAUUUUUUUGGCGGGCACAGGAGUCAGUGAAGUAUGUGGAUCUAUUUUCACUUAUUGAAAGAAAUGCCACUAACCUAAGCACACAUAACUUGGAAGCUUGUCUUAUUGAACACAGGGGAGCCUUUUCUGCUAGGUAAACUGUCUCAGAUCAUGCAUGAACAAGACAUUCCUUCACACAGAAUGACAUUUCUUAGUGAGAAACUUCUUGGUCCAAAGGGACAGGAAGUAACUGGUCAGCUACAUCAGAGUUAUUUUCUGUAGAAGCUCAACUGCCCUUCUACCACAAGCUCCUUGGGAAUCAGAGGCAGAAGGAGGUGGUCGUAACCAAGUUUUAUAUAUAUGCUGGAAGCCACUCAGAGUGGCUGGGACAACCCGAGUUGGGGUACAAAUAAUAAAUUAUUAUUAUUUCACUUCCUUCAAUACCUCACGGGUAAAUGGCCAGCUAUUUAUGGGUGAGGCAUUCUGUUCUUUUGUCGUGGUAUAAUCUCCCCCUCUUCUUUAGUUAGCAGGCAGUCUGCAUUCUCCAGGGCAGCCUUGUUUUGGACUCUCGUCAGCUCUAGUCAGUAUGGCCAAUGGUCAGGGCUGACGCAGUGCAACAUCUGUAGCACACUAGGUUGAGCAAGCCUGCUCCAGGGUAUCAAACACAUCUCCACCACCUGUGUUUAUGAAAGUACUACCAGAAACACAGCACCCUUUGUGAGUUAUUUAGAACCUACCUUUCUCUCCUGAAGCUCACUGCAGCGCAUGGAGUUCCCAGGUGGUCUUCCAUCCAGGCACUGACCAGUCAGUUACAGACCUGCAUAGUUUCAAGAGUUUUGCUGCAUUAUGUGCCUUCUGACCACAUUCCCUCAGAGUUUCUCUUGAUCUAGGAAAAUUACUGCUCUUAUCCUACAUGCUGAAAUCACCAGGACUGACUGCUCUCCUUUGGACACUUUUAAGGAUCGGGGUAGAUUUAAUUCUGCCAUUUAAUUGUUGCAGAAACACACCCACCGACUUGACCUCUUUGAAAUUCAGUGCCCUGAAUGCUUCCUGGAAUUAAGUGCAGCCUGUGAAAACAGCCCGACUGGGAAAUCAAGCUACAGUAGUGAGAAACUGAGACUAAAACAUUAGUGAUGGAUCAUCACCACCACCUAGUGGCUAGUUUAGCAACUGGCACCCUCUACAACCAUUGAAGGGUGAAGGGCAAAAAAUAAGUGUUGCAAGGGACACCCAUAAACAUACCAGAAACCAAGGACUGUGUCAGAAGUAUACAUUACCCUAAAGCUUUACCGGUAUAUUUUACAAAAAGUGCAUUGUGUUUAUCAACACCUAUUCAAAUGAAUUCACAACUGUGCACUUUUAGAGAGCACUCUUGAUCUCAAGUGCCCAUCACAUAUUACAAACCAUAUUACUCAUACGACACUGAUGGGAGUCUUACAAAUCUCUUAAAUGAAGGGUUGUAGGUCAAUGGUGCGGAACAUGCUUUGCAUGCAAAACAGAACAGGUUCAAUCUCCAGCCUUUCUAGGUAGGGCUGGGAAUGCCCUGUCUAGAAUCUGGGAAGCCAAUGGACAAUGGCUUGUUUGAGCCUAAAGCAGAUUCCCCUCUUUCCACUUCUUCUGCUUAUCUCACAUUCCAACCCAGAAAAGGCAGUUCUUAAAUCAUGAGUUCUGGAGUUACCUGAAUUACUUAAAAACCAGUGUGCACUGGGUUUUGUUUUGUUUUAAGGAUUUCUACCCUUUCUGCCUUAAUAGUUUCCUUUCCAUAUUUAUACCUUCAUGAUAAUUCCUUAUUUCCUUACCUCCUUUAGUUUCAUGGAUACAACAAGACCAACAUAAGUACUUCUUUUUAAAAAAAUAAAAUCAUUGGGAAUUUAUUUUUGUGAGGAUGCUGACCAUUCUGUCCAUAAGGGACCACUGUUGUCCUUGCAAGGAAGGACAAGAUAUGCUGUGCAGACAAGAAGCUACAGUAGAAAGCUGCAUAUUCAGCAGUUGGCUGAAAUAAAGGUUGGUUGUUGAAGCCUACACUCCAGGGAUGCCAAUUUUAACUGCUUUGGGGUUUCUUUUUCUUUUUCUUCUUAAAAUAAUGUGGCAUAUAUUUUUUUAUGAACUACAAUACAAUAAAUAAAAUACAAACUCAAUAAAAAGAAACUAAGCAACAAUUGGAACACAAUUAAAAAGAUCAAAAACUUUAUUAUUUUUUCAUAGGACAUAGAAGAGACCAUGUAAACAAAUGGAAAUUUAAAAAGCAACAACUUACAAUUUGCAAGCAUUUGAAGAUAAGAGUAUCCUUUACCCUUCUCCAAAUGUACAAUGUCUGAAUCCCAAAGGUAUUUUGUGGGUUUUUGAAGUGUCUGAUGCCCUGGAUAAGAUCUUUUUAGUUUAACAGGACACUUGCAUCUUUGAUUUAACACAUACACACUAAAAACCCAACAACAACAACAUAAAUAUAAAAAUUAAAGUUCAUAUUAUUAGCACCACCUUUGGUCCAAGCAAUGAGUAAACUGGGAGAUGACUGUGAGGUACAGUUAGUUAUCAAGUCCUCUCUGCCUGAGACAUUGAAUAUUAUAUUGCGGUUUCACAUUGCAAAAACCUGGGAGUAAAACAGGCUGCAGCCUAGUCUCUCUUGGCAGUCCCUAAAACAAACAUAAAAAGCCUCUGACUAAUAAUUGGUAUGUGUCCCCAUAUGAGAGUGCGCUUAGAGUGGCAAAAUCCCUCAAUUCCCUUCCAAGUGUAAGCACUGCGUAGUCCCAAGGAUAUCUGCUCCACAAUGGCUAAGAGUGGUGAGCAGUUUUGUGCUGCUUCACAGGAUCUGCCCCAACAUGUUCUGGGACAUAGUAAGGGAUCUUAGGAGAACACAUCUCCCUUUGCAUGUUGCCCACCUGGCGCUUAAAAAAAGCAUCAUUAGCCAAAGUGAAAACUUGAGCCCCAACUGUAUAUUGACAAGCUGUACACACUUAGAACUGUUUUCACUGUAUAGAAUCUUGCACAUCACACAGACAUUCUCCUAGUCAGGGGUUCUGAUUCAGCCUAAUAUUAGUACAAAGGCGGACCAGAUGGAAUUUCAAAAAAGGAACUGCUAUUUCCAUGGUCAUUCUGCUAUGCCAUCAUCUAAGGCACACAGAUUCCAACAAGACUGAAGUGAGCACAAGGAGCCUAUAGCAGAGAGAGAGCCAUAAAAUAGAGGACUGCUGGGCCAAAACAUGUACAAAGAUUUAGUUUCUAUAUUUAGGGAUCAGUUUAUCAAGAAUCAUUAAUAGCAGAUGGUUGCUGGUGGGGGAAAAAACUGAAUAUGGAGCAAUACGCCUUAAGAGUCUUUACAUCUUUUAGUCAAGUAUAUAGAUGACAACUAUGCAAGAAUCCCGUGCAGCACUCACCUCUCAAAUUCCAAUGCCAAGAACUCAUAAAAUCUCCUUAUAAAACCUAGAUAUAAAAUGCUCCAUCUGGAUGGAUCUACAUUACAAGUGAAACAGUACAAUACCUUUUUCCAAAUCACAUUUCAGAAGAUCCAGUUGCCAUAACAAAGACAGACAAAUCUGUAGAAUUUCAGAAUUUGAAUAUCUCAAGAGUGGGACCAUAAAUCAUUAUCAGAUGAGUUGUGAUCAUAAAACCACUCUGAAUUUGACUACCAGGCCACCUUCUGACUGCACUGCCAUCAUGACUCCCACUUUACUAACCCCGGUGGGCACCAGACUGAAUAUUCACAUACUUUCAUUCUGGCAAAACCUUUUAUUCAAACAAGGUGAAACCAUGAUGGCCAAGAAGGCCAUCAACAGUGUAACAUGGCCUCAAGUUUUGAAAUGAAAUCUGGAAAUGGCAAAAAUCUAACCAGCACACAAAUUCUCAUUCAAUAUCACAGGUUACAUGAAAAGGCCAACUGUUGUUUUAAAUUACUUGACCAAAAAUAGUUUUUUUGUUUAAAUAUAAGAAGGUAAUUUACUGCAUAUAACCUUUAGUUUCCUCUUGUGAAUUUGAUUGCUGGGACAUUCCAAAAUCAGUUUAAGAGGGGACCAAGUUAGAUCAAACAGUUGCCAUCCUUCGUUGUGCUUGUUUUGUACAGAGACUACUAAUGUGAUAUUUUAAAGGUUAACUGUGUUUCUCCAGUCACUAUUAAAGAAAUGGUGAUGUGAGCUAAGGUAAUUUCACCACAGUUGUUCUCUGUUGCGAGAUGAUUUAAGCAAAACUAAUACUUGCCCCAAAUGGUUUUUGUGAAUGUGGCCAACAUCCCUUUGCAGAAACCAUUUUACUAUGCAAACAGAUUUAUAUUAUUCCUAUAAACUUACUGUCAUCUUUGAUAAUGAGCACAAUAACAGUAAAAUGCAACAGCUAGUUUUGUUUAACUUCUGCUUUAUUCUAUUCCAUAUUUAUUAGAGAUCCACUAAAGGUCACAUGCAACUUUUAACAAUAGUGGUCAUCUAGGGGUGGAGUAAAAAACACACCCCAUUUUUGUUAACAGUACUUAACAUUCAACAGUUUGAACAGCUUAGCUAGAGGAAAAAUAAAUGGACAAGGAAUACCCAAAUCUAUCAUAGGACUCUUUAUCUUCUCUUUCUCCAAAGUUUGAUUCCCUCCUGGAUUCUUUCUUAUAACAAAUCCAACCACAAAAAGAUUCAAUCUUCAACUUGCUCUCCCAACAGUAACCAGUCCACCUUCAAUAAUAAUAAACCUUCUGAAGAAAACAAACCAAACCAAACCAAAAGCAAACUCUGCUCCCCAUCUCUAUCACACAGCCCAAGAACCAACCACACAUCCCACAUCAUCUCCUCACCAACAUACUCUCUCAGACUUUUGACAAUUACAUUCACCUUUAUGUUAAAUAACCAUUUCAAGAGGAUAAUUGAAAGAACAAUACUCAGUAUCAACUACUUGGAAGAUUGGUAACAAUCACAAGGCAUUCAAAUUCUGCUUCACUGUCCUGACUGUUUCUUGCAAAAAUGAAACCUUAAUCCUUUUUAUUGAUAACUCUUUUUUUUUAGAUUUCAGGCAAAACAGUAAUUUGCUGCCUACUUUUGGUUUUCUGCACAGGUCCCUUAAUUUCAAACUCAUAAACAAGUCUCCAGUUAACUUUUUGCAUAGUAAAAGGCUGCGGUUAGAACUUGCUGCACACAAUCCCCAAUAAAGUUCUGGCUCAAAAGGUGUAGGUGAAGCUUUGCCAAACCAAAAAUGCUGAGAUGGCAAGUUUAAAAAUGCUGCAGAAAUGAGAUCACCAGCUGGCUCCAUCUUUCAUUCCUCAUCAACAAUUGGCUGUUUAAGUGAAGUAGAGCCACUCAGAUUAAAGCCGGCUUAAAAACACAACUUGACUAUGCUGCCAUGCCAGCUCCAGUCAUUUCAUGAACCUCUAGACUACUUGAUAUAGAAAACAUUACUGCUUCAGAUUACGAACUUCAGGAUACAGAUUCAUAUAUUGCAAUAAGUGAAUCUGAGCUUUUGGCAAUAAUGGGAGACACAGAUGAAACACAGAGGAGUGAUGUAUGUUCAUGCACAAAGACACAAAAAGCACCCAGAAUGUCAGACCAGGCAUAAAUAUAUAAUUUUUUUAAAAAAAAAUGGAAAUCCAAUCUAUUUCUCCUCAGUCAUAAUCCAGUUACCUCUUUCGACUGUUACCAAAAGAUUACAGCCUCCCCUGCCCAGCCAAUUUGGUUUAAUAGCAAACAGGAGUCUCAGCACAGGACAAUAGUGGGAAACGUGUUAAAACGACAGUGUGAAACUUUCAGUCAAUUUGGUUUUAAAGAAAGGGGAAAUUGCACUCAUCAACCAUCUAACAUACUGCUGUGUGGGGCCAGCCCACCCUGUAAACCUAGACUGAAAGGGGCCCACUUUUACUUGGUCAUGUUGGGCCUAAGAGAUCUUAUCACAAUUUAGGAGGAGAAAACCCUGAAAACAGAAAUCUGAUUCCAAAUAGGAGUCUUACUCAAAGCAGGCUUGCAAUACCUUCAUGGAUACAAACCCCACCACACACACCACACUUCCACUUUAACAUACACACAUGCAUACUCAAGCACUCACCAUUAUUAUUAUUAUUUUUAAAAACCCUUUAAAAAAGUAAAAAGAGGGAUCUCUUAAAUUGUUAUUCCAGAAGGCUCUAUACAGUGUUGCAGAGACUUGAGCAACAGCAAUUGAAGGGCUGGCUCAAGGAGCUCCAAUUACUGACCUCUAAGGAUGCUGGGCAAGGUCACAUGUACAGUACUUGAUUCAAAUAUCACAAAAAUUUAAAUUAAAAAUAACAACAACCUGUGAACAGAUAUGGUAAAGGAAUUGACCAAGACGCUAACAGGAACCUUGAAGCAAGGACAUAAAGCCCAUGAGAUCACUUUAGGACCCACCUAAUGAGUUUUCCGUGUAUUUGUCAAUGAUCUCUACACAUCUACAAAAAAAUAAAAAAAUA